UCUCUCCUCGGGGAGGAACUGCUCGGUUCCAGCUGACUCUCCUCCGCCAGGCGGGGCUGGAGGAGGGGGCGCACGGUGGGGCACGGUGGAAAAGUCCUGGACUGGGACCCCGGGGCCGGCGGCGAGGGGGAGGGGGGACAGUCGCCAACUGGGCUCCAUCACCUCCCUUCUCCCCUCCCCCUCCGGGAGGGGAUAAGAAAAGAGGAGGCGAGCGAGCCAAUUCAGAAACAGAUUGCAGAGCGGCAAGCAAGGAAGAGUUGUUCACUCCCUCCCCUCUUCCCCUGGAGCCCACCCUGGUCGGAGGGAGACCCACUGCGAUGAGCCAGGUGCUAGGGAAGCAGCAGCAGCAGCAGCAGCAGCAAGACGAGGAGGAAGAGGAGGAGGAGGAUGAACUCGUGGGGCUAGCGGAUUAUGUGGACGGGCCCGACUCCUCAGACGCCGAUCAGGAAAGCGGAGCCGAGGAGGGAGUUCUGGACUUCAGCGAUCCCUUCAGUACUGAAGUGAAGCCAAGGAUUCUGCUUAUGGGACUGAGGAGAAGUGGCAAGUCAUCCAUUCAGAAAGUUGUCUUUCAUAAAAUGUCACCCAACGAAACCCUGUUCUUGGAGAGCACGAAUAAGAUAUGUCGAGAAGAUGUCUCCAACAGUUCCUUUGUUAACUUUCAGAUUUGGGAUUUUCCAGGUCAAAUUGACUUUUUUGACCCUACAUUUGACUAUGAGAUGAUCUUCAGGGGCACAGGAGCACUGAUAUUUGUUAUCGAUUCCCAGGACGAUUAUAUGGAAGCCUUAGCCAGGCUGCACCUCACUGUGACUCGAGCCUACAAGGUCCAUCCCGACAUCAACUUUGAAGUGUUUAUUCAUAAAGUGGAUGGCUUGUCAGAUGAUCAUAAGAUCGAAACCCAAAGAGAUAUUCAUCAGAGGGCAAAUGAUGACCUUGCUGAUGCUGGAUUAGAGAAAAUUCACCUGAGCUUUUAUCUGACAAGCAUAUAUGAUCAUUCUAUAUUUGAAGCUUUUAGCAAAGUGGUACAGAAACUGAUUCCACAGCUCCCAACCCUGGAGAAUUUACUAAACAUCUUUAUCUCAAAUUCUGGGAUUGAAAAGGCCUUUCUGUUUGAUGUGGUCAGUAAAAUUUAUAUUGCAACAGAUAGUACCCCUGUGGAUAUGCAGACUUAUGAACUCUGCUGUGAUAUGAUAGAUGUGGUUAUCGACAUUUCUUGUAUAUAUGGCCUCCAAGAAGAUGGAGCAGGAACCCCUUAUGACAAAGAAUCAACAGCAAUUAUAAAAUUGAAUAAUACAACGGUUCUUUAUUUAAAGGAGGUGACAAAAUUUCUGGCCCUCGUUUGUUUCGUCAGAGAAGAAAGCUUUGAAAGAAAAGGGCUCAUUGACUAUAAUUUCCACUGUUUCCGCAAAGCCAUCCAUGAAGUAUUUGAGGUGAGGAUGAGAAUAGCAAAAUCUCGGAAAAUUCAGAGCCAGAUGCGGAAGAAAAAAGGAAGCACUCCUAACGGAACGCCCAGAGUUCUGCUGUGAGAUUUCGGUGACUGUCUUUGAGAUGAAGGCUAUUUGAUGAGACGCCACUUGGUGUUGCACUAAGAGGAAGAAGAGAGAGAAUUGGACACGUGGCUGGAUUUGUCAUAUAACAAUCAGUGCAACAACACACUUGAUCCUUUUUAAAAAUAAUAAUAAUAAAGUAAGCACUUUCAGCAACAACAACAAAAACCUUGUAUAUUAAACAGUGAAGUGAAAUCUGUUGUAAGAAUGUUCUUAAUAUAAAAUGUACAUUUUUAUUUUCAUUUGGUCCAUAGUAAGAAAAAUCAGUUGUCAGAACUGUCAGGUACUGUACAUACUUUGUACUUUUUUGUGUUUUUUUCUCAUGGAACAGAACUUUGAUAAAAACUAGUUUUCUAAGCUGUUUUCCCUACAUGGUGUCAGUGACGUGCAUAAUAGAAUGCAUUUGCAUAUGGCAAUCUUAAAAAUCAUCAAAUAAUGUUAUCUUGACACACUGCCUUUUUUUUCUUUUUUAAAAGAAUUUGUGAACAUUUGGUACUAGUUAUUCACUUAAAUAUUUCCCCCGACCCCACAUCUACCUUUGUAGCUGGAGCAGUUUGGAGCACUGUGCUCCCAUGGCAAUAAGAACUCUUUUCAUAUUUAUUAACUAACUGAUCAAGAUUAGUGUUUGUAGAUAAAGCCUAGAGUCAAACUAAUCCAAACUUUUUCAGAGACCUGACAAAUAAAUGCCCCAUUCUUUCCCAGAUCUUUUUACUGUUUUACCUCCAAUGCGAGCUCUAAAAUAACUUUAUACCUGGACAAGAUACUCAUUUUGUAAACCUGCUCAUUGCUGCAUUACUGUUUUUACAACAUUGAGAACCAGAUUUUCAAAGUGGUGUCCACAAUUUCUGCAAAGAAGGGUGCUACUGCUGAAAUACUGGUACUGGUUGAUCUUUUGCACCUGCCAUGUGGAAUUAAAAGUGAUCUCAGGUAUUGGGGAUAUACCCACUGAUGGCAGGCUUUAAUUAUGAGACUGUUUUGAAGUUUGGGGACCUUAGAAAAGGGUUGGGAACAAGGAGAUUGGGGCUAUGGCACAUUUAAGAAGUUUAUCCAAGGGCCAACUUCCCAUUUUGCCAUGUGCUGUCACUGAAUGUAUCCCACUCAAAGCAACCCCCAGAGCAUGGCUUGUUCAGUCUGUUUUCCAUCUUUUCUUCUCUAUGUUAGGUGUGAUUGAAUGUACCUUUUUUUCUGGGAUUAAAAUACACUAAUAUUCCCUUCUGGUAUCCUUCAUUUAAGGCUGCAAAGCUAUCCUAAAAAUGCCUACCAGGCAGUGAAAUAUUAAAUAAGGAUAGCUACAGGAAACCUUAGAAUUACAGAGAAUAUUCCCUCCCACGAAAAUCAGGCAUUCCUAUUCAUCUUAUACCAGGAGAAAUGGAAAGAUUUGUCAACUUCCUAAGGCUGAGAAAACCCCCCAAGUAACCCCACAUAGCUGUAGCAUAUAGGAGGGGUGAGUGAUCUGGGACAAGAAAGGGACAUUGGAGAGGAUUUAUAGUUUUUAGGUUGUAAAAAGUUUUUAUAUUUAGUUUUUUUUAGAUUAGUUUUUUAAAUGUUUAGGUUGUAAAAAGGGUUGGGAAAGUACUAAGGUACACCUAGGAGAAAUGGUUUGUCUUUCUUGGCUCUCUCCUGCCUCCUCAAAAACCUGCCACCUGAAAACUAAAAGUGUGAGCUGAUAAAGAAAUUGGGGUAUGACUUAAAAGGAUCUGAAAACUAAGAAGUUUAAUAAAAAGACACAGAGAUCGAUAAAGCCUGGCCCAGAUGGGCAUCUGCCCUUUAUCAUGGCAUAGAAGAUACAGUGCUGGAGUGGUGUCAGAAAGUCUUGCAUUCAAAUCCUACCUCUGACACUAACUGUAUAUCGGUGGACCAGUGGGCAAAUCAUUUACACUCUCUGGGCCUGAUUUUCCUCAUUUGUAAAAUGAUGAGGUUGGACUUGAUGAUUUUAAGGUCUUUGAGAACUAAUCUGUGAUCCUAUAAUUCCUCCCAAUGACUGGGCUCUUGGACUGUGGCUCAAGGGAGCUUCUGCCAAGAUUUCCUAAGGAGGCUUGUAAUGUGCUUUUGCCGAGUUUCAAUCUACAACUAUAUUCAGGUAGUUCCAAACAGCAAAUAAAUAAAAUUUUGGUGUACUAUUUCUAAAAAGUCAUGAACCUUAUACAUUUAAAUUAUUUAAAUUUUCCAGAAUAUUAUUUCCUUCUGAACAAAUCAUUUGAACAAAAAGUAAGUUUUAAAUGUGAAUUUUCUCUGAAGCUAGAGCCAGCUUUGCCUCUUUAAAUAAUAGAGUAUACCAUUAAAAUACAUGUAUUUUAAUCCA